AUGGCGACAAGUUAUAUUGUUGCGAAACUGAUAUUUUUAAGGUUUGUUUCUGGAUUUAACAUUGAUGUAGAGCAAGCACUGAUUUAUACGGGAACCCCCGGUUCGUAUUAUGGAGCGACUACGGAAUUAGUUUCCAAUGCUCAGGGAAAAUGGUUACUGGUUGGUUCGCCGAGACAGAAUUACUCCGGCAUCAUCAAGCCCGGCGCCAUAUAUCGUUGUGCGGUCAACACCAGUUCAGCGUCCAGGAACUGUACAAUAAUGAAUAUCAGGGCAAAUGAGAGUAGAUUCUCUUCUAUCAAAUCUGAAGAAAAUCAGGGCCUUGGUUUAAACAUGCUGAUAACGGAUCAGAACCUCGUGGCCUGUUCGCCUAUGUGGAAGGAGGCGUAUUCGUUUGACCAAUACUUCGCUUACGGCAAAUGCAGCGACAUACCCCUUAACGGUCUAAACACGAACAAUAACAAGUUCUUUGGAGUGACGAGUAACUAUGUUGCAGCCGAGUUCGGCUUCAGCAGCAGUAGGCGGGCAGGGUUUAGCAGCAAUGGGAUCGUUCUGGGAACCCCUGUUGUAUACGGUUCCACUGGUGGAUUCGUUUUCUACCAAGAAGGCAAUGUUUUGAAUUUCUGGGAACGAUUUAACAUAAUGGAGAACGGUAAUAUGGACAAUCUACGCUCAGUGUUCACAUACGGUGCAUAUUUAGGUUACUCUAUUGGAGCUGGGAUAUUUGGCAGUACCGUCAGUCCAGCAGCCCCUCAGAUAGUCCUGGGUGCCCCAGGGUUCGCCAACAACGAAGGCACGAUAGGAGCUAUGGGGAUUUUCGAGAGAGAUGGAAGUAAUCUUCGCAUGAGGAAGUUGUUAAAUGGAAAAACGAUCGGUAGUGGAUUCGGACAGUCAUUGGUUGUGGCGGACUUUAACGGCGAUAACAGGGAUGAUAUCGCUGUGGGAUCACCGAUGGAGGGAGAGAAUGACAUGAACAAUGUGGAUGUCGGGGCUGUGUAUGUUUACUAUGGGACCGGAAGUUCCUCAACGUACAUUGACAACGAACAACGCCUGCGUGGAUCUGGGGCGGUGUUGGCGCGAUUCGGCUACAGUGUUGCGAAUCCAGGGGACCUAAAUAAAGACGGUUUUAAUGAUUUGGUCGUUGGGGCUCCUUAUGAGGACGACAACAAAGGUGCUAUUUAUAUCUUUAAUGGAGGAUCUCCCCAAAUAGAUGCUACAUUUUCUCAACAGAUCUUGGCAUCAAAACUCAACACAGAUCUUCGUGGAUUCGGAUUUUCUCUGAGCAAGUCCACAACUGAUGUUGAUUCUAAUACAUUUCUAGAUAUUUCGGUGGGAUCUCUCCUGUCUUCAAAUGCUGUUGUUCUCCGAACGCAAUCUAUCGCCAACAUCACUGUGACUCUGACGCUGAAUCCAGUUAAAAUCCCAUUGAAUUCAACAGGACUUGCAUGCAGAGGAAAUAACGAUAAUCCAUGUACUUCCGUUCAUAUUUGUUUUAGCUACACUGGGGACGGACUAAAUAACGGAAUUUACAUCGACUACACACUGACCGCGGAUUCAGAUCAAAGUGAUCUUAACUAUCGCCGCUUUACGUUUUACAUGAAUAAUAUGGAUAGAGGGAAAAUUUACAGAAAAGUGGAACUCUUCAUCCGCAGUGGUGUGAAUCAGUGCGAAACUUUUCACGCAAGAGCAGCUAUGACGGACAGGAAUUUUUUCUCACGGGUCAACGAUGAUCCCGUGUUUGACUUGACUUACCAAAUCAGCAACAGAUCGGCGGCAGGCGAGGUGAAGCCUGUAUUGGACAGAAACCAGGCAUCAGACACUAAUAUCACGGGUGAGUUCCGAACGGAAUGUGACCCCGAGUGUAAACCAGACCUGGAAAUCACUGGACGUCCACUGAGAUCCUCGAUCACUGUGGGACGCACGCAGGAACUUGAAGUUGAACUUCUCGUCAUCAAUUUGGGAGACCCGGCGUAUGCAAAUGGUGCCUCAUUUUUGGUAUCCAACGAAGUGAACGUUCCUUUAACAAAUUACGAAGUUUUGUUAAAGCAAGGCUCAGAGCAAAUAACUUGUAGGUCAGCAACAAACGGAACGAGUUGUUCGUUUGAUUCUUCGCCGCUUUAUCCACAACAGAGGGGCUUGGUCCGCCUCCGAUAUGACGUUUCAGUUGCUCGAUUAUUAGAAAAGGGAUUACGAAAUCUUCCUGCGAAGAUCCAGAUUACAUGUACAGCAGAUGUAUCUGGAGACAUUAAUCCCAGCAAUAAUGUAAUUCAGAUGAGCACGGAUCUGCAACUGGAGGCAACGAUACAGAUAAUAGGUUCAUCGUCACCUGACCAAGUGAGAAUGACUCCACAGAAACGCUCCAAACUCUUACUGAACCAGACUUACUCGAUCAGUACACUAGGCCCAAGUCCAUUACCGGAAGUGAAGGUCAUGUUCAGUAUUCCGGUAAUCGCAAACGGCAAAGUGAUUGUGCCCGAGUCAGAACUCAAAGUGACAGCGUUUACUCCCACUGACAAAUGCGAUAUGACGGCCUUCCCAGCACUCGGUGCUGUGACGUCAUCACCCUCAGUCGGACAGCCUAAUGUGAUCAACUUAGAAAAUUCUCUACCUUUGGGAUUUGGAGAGAGCGGUGUAGCGUGUGCCAUAUACGAAUGCGUAAUUACUGAAUUAACACUUGAAAGCCAGCACAGUUUCAUCAUCAAUGGCAACAUUUCCGAAGAAAACGUCCUAGAAUUCCAAGCGGGCAUUAGUCAGAUUCUGUACUAUACAACAGGAGUUGUCUACUCCUCAGAAACAUUAGAAAUUCCCCUUAAUUUGACCUCCAAUGCUAUCUUCUCAGCAGUGCUCCCCAUCUUCCCGAAUGAUAUUACUCCAGCGCCCCAGGAACUAAACCUAUGGCCCCUCAUUGUUGGUCUAGCAGUAGGUAUACUACUUAUGGUGCUAUUGGGAAUUAUCCUCUGGAAGUUGGGGUUCUUUAGAAGGAAAAAGAGAGAGGAACUGGACCAGUAUAAAAGGAAAAGUUACGCCUACCAGAGACAAAGCCGUGCUUUGUUACGGGCCACUAGGGAUAUGGAUAAAUCGGAGAGAGAAAUAUUGUCUCAAAACUCGCAGAUAAAUUAGGCGUUAUACAAUUAUGUGUUACAAAGAAUGUAUGUUUUAGCGAGUAUAUUCAUGUUUCUUUAAA